AACGCAACCACCAUUGCUAUCACCACCUUCUCGUCAGCUACACCUCAACUGCAGCUACUGACAGUCAAAAUGCGUUUCAUCAUAUCCGCCAUGUUGUUACUGUCAGCCAUCUUGUCGUGCGCAACGCAGGCGCAGUACCCGCGGCCUCGUCGUCCGGAACGUUUCGACACUGCUGAGCAGAUCUCCAACUAUCUCAAGGAAUUGCAAGAGUAUUACUCCGUACACGGGAGAGGAAGAUACGGCAAGAGACAAAUGCACAUAGCUGAUGCCUCCGUGAUCUUCAGAGAGAGCCCAUUCUUCGAGCACAACCUCAAUGACGAACCGGUCUUCAAAAACCUUGGCUAUAAGUAAAUACAAUAAGAAAUAAAUAUACAACAAUAUAAUAAAAUAAUACAGGAGAAAUAAUACUGUUUCGUUCAUUUACUUACUUGAAUUAUUUUGCUGUUUUGUUUUCCAUAUGCCUCAAAAAACAUUGUUAAUUUUCGCAAUCAUUUUCAAGAUCAAUACUUUUAUAAUUAUAAUAUAACCACAGGC